GGGAGCCAAAUCAUGAAGCAAGGGUUUAUCAAAUGCCAUCCUUAUCUACCAUCUACACCACAAAUUUCCUGUGUUUUCAUCUUCUACGAUCAGAGUUCAUUAGGAUUCAUCUAUAAAGCAAAAAGCCUAUGGACCCAUAUCUUCAGUUUCGCUCAGGCAAUGUUGGUGAGUUUAGUGAGUCAACUCCAUCUGAGAUACAACCAAAUUCUAGUCAACCCUAUGAUAAUGCAGAUGGUGCUAGUGGACAAAAGAAAACUAGAGGUCCCACGCAAAUGCGUAAUAUUUGGGGUACUCGUGAUGAUGAGCGCCUAACAGUCAAUUGGAACAAACUUGGCCAACCUGAUGACAAAUUGGCAACAAAGUUAUCAUCAUUCAUUGGAACUAUUGUGCGUGAUGGGAAAAAUGCACCACUCACUUACAAGAAUUGGCAUAAAGUCCCAGAACAUUACAAAGAUCACAUAUGGGCACUUGUACAGGAUGAAAUGAAUGAGAGGACAACCUUAAAUGCAAAUUUAUCAAAUAAGGGCCCAAAUGAUGCAUUUGGACAAGUGAUGGGUAAAGAAAAACAUAGACGAGUUCGCAUGUAUGGAUUAGGUGUCUCCCCGUCUAAUUUAUGGAGAGAUACAUCUGGUCAUAAAGCAAACCAAGACACAACAAUGGAUGUUAUGGAAGCUGAAAAUUUGGAGCUAAGGUCCAAAGUUUCCCAUGUUCAGCAUGCUCCGAAUAACUUGACAAACACAUCUAAUCAGGUAAUUUUUUUAAUAGAAUUUAUAAGUUAUAAAUGUUUUCCUACACUUAUAUAUGCAUACAUAUAUCUAUGUGUGUGUGUUUGUAAAAUUAAAUAGUUCAAAUUUGGUUAGGCCACAACAACUUCUACUCCUCUC